AUGAAGAACAUUCUCACUACCGCAGUGCUGGUUGCUGCGUCUGCGUCUGGCGCUUUGGCGGAAGCCAAUCUCAUCAACGGCAAUUGGUAUGGCAAACCAGUGGACAAGAUCGUCUACACUGGCUGGGGCCAAAGUGGUACAUACAAUAAGGUUACCGACAUGACCAAUGGUCAAUGCAAGUUUGAAAAGGUCAACUAUGACGGCAAUCUAGCGCCGCUCAAUGGAGAAGUUUCGUGGCACUUCAGAGGUCCCAUGCAUCUGAAACAGUUCGCAUUCUACACACCAGGUUCUACAACCAAGCGCAGCUUAAGGCAAAGUCAACAUCAGAGGAAGCAUGGGCACGCGCAUGGACAUCAGGAGAGAGCAGUCGGUGACAUCGUCACGGCAACAAUAAAUGGAGACGUUGUUACCUGGGUAAAUACGUUUGGUGGACCACCUACCGACUCGCCAGCCGCUGCAACACCUGCUGCUGAGGCCGCCAAAGUUGCGAGCCAGGCUCCGAAACCCAGCCCGACGAGUGCCCCAAAGGUUAAUGCUGGUGCCGGCAACUGGGGACGACAAGCAUACUACAAUGCUGUUAAGGGCACUGCGGAUAGUCUAGUCUUUUUCAAUAACAUGGGCGGCCAGGGUUCCGGUGUGUUUGACAACAAUUUUGGCAAUUCUCUAUCAUAUGCGGCUUCAGAUGCUGGUUCUGGCUCGUCUUCUCCUCAAGUUCUUGGCGACAUUCUUCUGGGUGAUAAUGUCGAAUUUAGCAUAUAUACUGACAAGCCUUGUGAGGGGAACAGCUGUGGCUACUACCGACCAGGCUCAGUUGCCCACCACGGCUUCGGCGGUGAAUCCAAGCUCUUUCUACUAGAGUUCAGCGCACCAUCAUCCAAUCUGAAGACUGGCUUCAAUGCUGAUAUGCCGGCUGCCUGGAUGCUCAAUGCCGCCAUAGCCCGGACCCAGCAGUAUGGAAAGUGUUCUUGCUGGGACAGCGGAUGUGGAGAAUGGGAUAUCUUCGAGGUUCUCGACGCUGGAAACACAAGGAUGAAGUCGACUCUUCAUAUUGGACCCAACUCUGGAGGAGAAUCAGACUACUUCGAACGACCCCUCAACAAGGAGGAGACGCUCAAGGCUGCUGUCAUCUUCGAUAAUGCCAAUAAAUCUGGUCAUAUUGUGAAGUUGCCCAGCGACACCAAAUUUGAUGCAACCAUUUCUGAUCAGUUUAUAGCGGAUCUUGGAUCAAAUCUAGCUCCAGAACUCACGAAGGUCUUCAAGCUUGCAUCGUGA